AAUAAAACCUCAAUUGCAUGUUUAACCACCAUGGUCAACUCUCAGUUCCCUCCCUACGAGGGCACAGAAGUCAUCGGCCUCCAGUUCUCGAACUCUAGUGACCCUGCCUCACUCUCGGAUGAGAAUUCCGAGGUCGGCAAGAUAUGGGCGGCUACGCUAAAGACGUACCUCGACCAUCCAGAAACGGGCAUCGUCUGGUGGGGGAUUGUGCAUGACGCUCCGAACAAAGCUAAGCUGUUUAUCGAUUGGAAGAGUUUGGCUGGUCGGGCUCAAUUCGAGGCCAGCCAACAAGCAACAGAGCUCGCCAGCGCCUGGAAAUCCAUCACUGUGGCGCCAGCCAAGAAAGACGUCUACAAGUUCACCUCUAGCGAUGUCGCCAGGCAAACAGCUUUAUCCAGCACCUACGACACAGUCACAGCUCACUUGAGUUUCGGAUUUGCCAAUUCGCUCAAUUCCAGCGAAGUUCAGCAAUUGGACGCCGUACUCCAGGAACUAGAUCGCGCCAUCAUGCUGAGCCCAGGCGCUGUUGUCGCAAGCUACUCGAUUGGAGGAUGGAGCUCAGACAACAGGUCAUACAGCGCGGCCUACCGCUAUCUCAAUGCGAAUGGUCUUAGGAAUUUUAUCCAGGGCGACAACAAGGUCAGAGAGUUAUUGCAAAUCUUGCAGUCUCGUGCUUCAGGCGGGAUGGAACUUGAAUUUCUGGAAACGCGAGUCUACAAGCAGGGCUGGCAAGGGUCUGUCACCAAGACAGAGCCUGAUAACCCGACUUUAUCGGGGUUCAUGGCCGAGGCACAGGCCAUGUUCACGUUCUGACACCCCUGAGAUCCAGGGUGAGGCUGGUUUUGGGAAACUCGGCACGGCUCCGGGCUCGGAAGAUCGCUCCGAUUAUUGAUGAGUCGCAUGAGUUGAAGAGGGAUGGACGAUUUCGGUCGUCGCCUAUGUAUAAUAAAUAUUGUAGGAAUCAAAAUUGCAGUUGAGCACUGCGUCUGUAGUCUGAGUCAUCCAAAAUCAUAUAAAAUCGACCUGUUGGUUUCGGUGACU